GGGCGGGGCCAGGAGGCACAUGCCCUCUCUCUCGGUGGUGGUCUUGUGGUGCUUUCUUACAGGUAAUUGCUUAUCACAUUCCACGCCCAGGCCGACCGAGCAAGCAGGGAAAUAAAGGUGAACCCGCACUCUCCCCCGCCCACGCACACGCUAGGGGCCGCUUCGCUCUCCUGAGGACGUCCUUCUCGCCAUGAUCCGCUACUCCCACCACGUUACAGACGUCGCGUUCGGCACCUUCGGCAGACAACUCCUACGAUGGCGCGGGAGCGUGUACAAGAUGGUGUGGAAGGAUAUGCUGGUAUACAUCCUCCUAUACGCUAGUUUAUCCUGCAUCUAUAGGUUUGGGCUCACAGAUGACCAAAAAAGGGACUUCGAGAAGGUGUCCCAGCACUGCGGGCACUUCCGGAACCUGAUUCCCAUCUCGUUCGUGCUGGGCUUCUACGUGUCUCUGGUGGUGAGCCGCUGGUGGGGCAUGUACCUCAGCAUCCCCUGGCCGGACACGUGCUGCAUCCUGCUGUCCACGCACGUCCAGGGCCAGGACUCAAUCGGCAGGAUGCUGCGCUGCACGGUGGUUCGCUACCUCAACCUGGCCUUCGUCAUGACCUUCGCCAUGGUGGCCCCGGGCGUCAAGAAGAACUUCCCGACGCUGCAGCAGCUCGUGGAUGCCGGCUACCUGACGGCCAACGAGCGUGAGAUCCUGGAGAACAUGGAGAAGAAGACGGCCGUGCACAAGACGUGGGUGCCGUUCAUGUGGGCGUGCAAGACCGUGGAGAGGGCGAGGCGCGAGGGGCGCGUCAAGGACGACGUCACGCAGAAGACGCUGACGGACGAGAUCAUUCGUCUGCGCGGAUGCUGCGGCGACAUCUUGGGUUGGGACGAGUACAACAUACCUCUGGUGUACACGCAGGUUGUGACCAUCGCGGUCUACUCGUUCUUCCUGUUCUCCGUGAUCGGCGAGCAGUUCCUGGACCCGAUGCACACCGACCAGAUCAUCGACCUGUACGUGCCCGUGUUCACGCUCCUCCAGUUCUUCUUCUACAUCGGCUGGCUCAAGGUCGCCGAGUCGCUCAUCAACCCGUUCGGCGAGGACGACCACGACUUCGAAUUCGUCGCUCUCGUCAAGAGGCAUCUCGAGAUGUCGUACCUCCUGGCCGACCCGCAGGCCGACGAGCACCCGAACAUGCUGCAGGACGAGUACUGGAGCUCCGUCGAGGAGAAGGCGGAGGUGGCCAACGCAGGCGUCUACCUGGCCAACCACAGCUUCUCAAUGGCCGCGGAGGUAGUGGAGGUGUGAGAAUAUGGCCGGCUGAGAUGAGCUCGAAUCCCGCCCUGCCGACGCCUCAUCCCACGACCUCGCUCGCCCUCUGAACUCUCCUCAGCUUCCGAGGCGCCGAAGGACCUCGCCAGCCCUUCGGAUAGGACCCGCGGUGAGGACGAGAUGCGGAAGGGCAGCCACGUCUUCCUCCAAGUGCUUAUUGCUCCUUGAAAACUUGAAGACGAGUUUGGACGGGAAUUCCAGCUCACUCUGCCAUUUUCUUGUCUAAGCUACCUCAAUAUAUGGCCAGAUUAAGCCUUAAUUGGUGCUUCCAUUGCUUUAUUUUAGCUUCAGUGAUACAAUUCAGCGAGUUAAAGAACAUAUUGUUUAUAUUUAAGAACUUAGAGAGUUGUUAAUGAUGUCAAAAAAUAGAUGAAGCAACAUGCAUUUCAUAGUCCCGUGUCUGGUGUGACCUGGAGUAGAAUGUCAAGUGAUGUGAGUGAAAUGUGGAAAAAAAUCCAUUUAAUACAUAGACAUUUAUGUAAAUAAUUAUCAUAAGCAGUAGAAAUGUUUUUUUUUUCUGUGUAGUGAAGUAACUGCAGUUAAUGUACUAAUACUACACACGCAUACAUAUAUACAUACACACAUAAAUAAAAUA